CAGGAAGGGACCUUGGAAAGCGUGAGCAGUUUCUCAGGAGGCACAUGGUCGGCCAGAAAACGCCUCCAUCGCUCGUUAUGUCUCAUCAUCAGCUCGAAGUCGAUUGAGGCCAACUGCACGCAUGUAACGCUCUUCUUCAAUUCCGAUCCCAAUUGCAGGAAGCGGAUCUGCAAAAGCAAGUGCAGCUGA